UUUGAAGGGUGACUUGAAGGGUAGACAUAUAAUAUAAUGUAAACGGUCGAGAGAAUCUCUCGGUUCUCGCACAAAAGUCGCAAUUCUAACAUAAUCAGGGAACAAAGGGCUAUCAGUCGUUGAUAUUUAUGGAACAUGACAUCAUCAUUGGCGCGUAACCAGCUAAAUGAAGUUUUGACCCAAGUGCCACAAGUAACGUGUCUACCUUUGCAAGAGUAUCGCCAGCUUUGCUCAGAUUUAGAACGAAUUCGCCGAGAAAGUGCGAGUCUUGGUCAAAAAUUAUGCCACGCUAGAAGAAAUCUAGAGGAGGAGAAGCGUAAACGUCGAGUGAUGGAGCAUCAUAAGAACUUGUUGGAAAGGCAACUUAACAUGGCUAGAAAGAUACUAUUUGACGAUGGAGGAGCAAAUCUGAGCAAAGACAUGAAAGAGAAAUUACAAUUUCUUAAUACGCCCGAGAUUGAUUUGAAAUACAAUAAUGUAAACGUCCAAGAUGAACGGGGUGACAGACACCUGGCUACAAUAGCGGAGACAGAUUCUACGGGUUCAAUAUUAAGUGACUUGAAUUGUUUAUCCAAGUCGGAAGAUGAUUUGGAUACCGAUAUUAUUAUUAAGACUGGAAGAAAGAAACAAUGGAGAGAAUAUAAAGCUAGUGGUGAACAUUUGACAAAGAGACAGUGCGGCACGUUGGAAAAGAUUGCAGAGUUUAACUUGUUAGAUAGGAGUAACAGUGCAGGAGUAACAGCGAGAAUGGAGGAGAGAGAUUUUGCUGUUAAAACUCAAGUUGCACCUGAGGAAAAUAUUGAUUGCAAAGUGUCGAAUGUCAAAGCAAUUCACAGCUUUAUAUCAAAGAUAGUGAUUAAACCAGAAACGUGUACUUUAUGUGGUAAAAGAAUCAGGUUUGGAAAGUUGGCGCUGAAAUGUAGAGACUGCCCGGUAACAUGUCACACCGAAUGCAGGAUUCACGUGACGUCGGUUGCAUGCGUGUGCAGGAAAUCUCGGUAAUGUAAGUACCGCCGCAUUUCUCUCUGAAGCAAUGACACAACUGUUACAAGUAUUUUAUGUUGUCACGAGGUGUAUGAUAUGUAAAGCUGCGCUAGCGAUACCAAGUUUUAUAAAAUUCAACGCAAUUUGUCAUUUUCUAAACACAUUGAAAGCAAGUUCGCUAAUAAAAUAUUACCUAUUGGAGAUGU